GCAUCUAUUUGAUCUGAGUUCUGCGGUUUUGUUAAGCGUGUUAGCCACUGGAGACUUAUAUGCUCUUGGUAACUUUAAUUUAAUCGAAUAUCACCAUGUCGGUGGCGUUUGCACCUCACAGGCAGCGUGGGAAAGGUGAUAUAACACCCGCUGGAAUUCAAAAGUUACUUGACGAAAACAACCAGCUAAUCCAGUGUAUAAUGGACUUCCAGAGUAAAGGCAAAACUGCAGAGUGUUCACAGUAUCAGCAGAUGCUGCACAGAAAUUUAGUAUACCUUGCCACGAUAGCGGACUCCAAUCAAAACAUGCAGUCUCUCCUGCCUGCUCCACCCACUCAAAACAUGCCCAUGGGUCCUGGUGGGAUGAACCAAAGUGGGGCCCCCCCACAGCCUCCACAUGGUCACACCAUGCCCUCUGAGGGUAUGGUCAGUGGUGGCCCUCCAGCCCCACACAUGCAAAACCAGAUGAAUGGACAGAUGCCUGGGCCUAAUCAUAUGCCCAUGCAAGGUCCAGGUCCAGGCCCCAACCAGCCCCCAAACAUGCCCAGUGGCUCCAUGAAUAUGCCCCCCAGCAGUCACGGCACGAUGGGUGGUUACAAUCACGCGGUCCCCUCCUCCCAGGGCAUUCCAGCUCAGAGCCAAAUGAACAUGACCCAGGGCCAACCCAUGGGGACCUACGGUCCACGGCCAAACAUGAACAUGCAGCCUAAUCAAGGCCCCAUGAUGCACCAGCAGCCUCCUUCCCAGCAGUACAACAUGCCCCCUGGUGGUGCUGCACAACACUACCAAGGGCAACAGAACCCAAUGGGCAUGAUGGGCCAGGUCAACCAAGGGAACCAUGUGAUGGGUCAGAGGCCAAUGCCACCCUAUAGACCUCCUCAGCAAGGACCCCCUCAGCAGUACCCAGGGCAGGAAGACUACUAUGGGGACCAGUACAGUCACGCAGGACAGGGAGCCUCAGAAGGUAAUGCCCAGUAUGGCCAACAGCAGGAAGCAUACCAGCAAGGCCCUCCACAGCAACAGGGCUACCCUCCUCAGCAGCAGUACCCAGGUCAACAGGGCUACCCGCCACAGCAGCAGGCUUACGGUCCCUCCCAAAAUCCCCCUGGACAGUAUCCCAACUAUCCUCAGGGGCAGGGGCAACAGUAUGGGGCCUAUCGCCCCCCUCAACCCGGACCCCCACAGGGCCAACAGCAACGCCCUUAUGGUUAUGACCAAGGGCACAUGAGGAAAUAAAGACCCGGGGAUUUGAACCCCUGACUAGCUCUGUAAGAAGCAAAGGGCCAGUAUGGAAAUUACCAGCAAUGAGAGAAGGUCACAGCGACCCACACAACUCUGCUCUAAUCUGUGUGAGCUUUGACCUCUUGUCAAUUGCGCCGCAGAAUUAAAUGAUGGUUGCAGCUCACUGAGAUUCUCUCAGACACAAACACACAACAGAAAAAAAAAUUCAACGUAUAAGUUUCCCCCCCUCCUCUCUCUUUAGGCCUUUGUCCUCACUUGUAAAAUAUUUUCUGUUAGUCAUGUACAUUGACUCUGUGGCAAAGUCCUCUGGUCCAGUAUCUCUCAAAGCAGCAAUGCCUUAAAAAAAAAUGGAACUGCCUUAUCCUUCAGCAUUGCAGAUUGUUAAACGAGCUAACACUUUUUGUUUUUUUGAGUAUCAAAGAAUAUGUAAAAUGUACAGUUUAAACCCAUUUCUGGUGCAUUGUUUCUGUCAUCUGAGCUCCCUGUUCAUAAGAAGCAAUAAUGCCAGCAGUAGGGAAAUGUGUAGGGCCUUGGAUAUGAAAUAAUGCACCGGACAAACUUCCUGCUAGGCCAUGGUACAUGUCUUGAUGUAUGUGAUGAUGUAAAAAUAUAUUUUAUGCUUUUUAGACCAAGCUAACUUUCUAUAAAACAUCAGAAACUAGUACUAAAGCUGUGUUGUUUAUUUCAUGAAGCGUAUUUGUCAGUGUUUUUUAUGAUGUUUAUUGAUGUUCCCAUCCAGCACAUAUUGUUUUUGAUUUCUUUUCUUUCUUUUGUUGUAUUGAAAUGUAUAACUCUUGAAUAGGAUUUAUAGGUAAAUCAGUGAAAAGAAAGAUGACAUGCAGGCUAAAUGCAAACCAGGUGUCGGAGAAUGUUUAGUCUGGAAAUGUGCAACAGUUGCUACGAUACUGUGUUGAGUUGCAUUUUUUUUCUUCUUUUUUUUUUUUUAGUCGGUGAAAAACGAUAACAAAUUGCGAUCAUAAGUAGAUUUUUAAACCACAUGACCUGACAGAAUAUUGACUGUCUUCACGUAAUGUAUGUGCUCAGAGAGGUGAUAUGUAGCAAAUGCCACUGCAAAAUGUAAGAUAAUACGCUGGAGCCUUUUCUUUUUACUGUACAAGCACCUCACUCUUGUCCAUUGACUGCAAAAUUGGUGAAUGGGAAGGAUGAAAUGAAUAGUUCAGACGAUUAGUUAAUUUUGUUAGUUUUGACGAUGCUGGAAUCCCCUCUCCCAUUUGAAUAAAUGUCUAAGUUGAUGUCAUUCAAAUAGUGUUGUGUGUGUGUGUGUGAAUAAUAAAGAUUGUUACUGUCAAAUAUGUAACAUAAGAUGUGAAAAUACUGUUCUGAAAAGGAUUCCUGAAUUUCACAGUUAAAAAAAACUGGUUGUGCAGUUUUAUAUCACUAGCUUGAUAUCUGUGUUAUGGUGCAUACUUCAUGUAUCCCAUAUGUACAGCAGCAAAAAGAAGAGGAUUCCCACGUCCUCUGGUAUUGUUUAUAUAUGGCUGUUUUAAUAUUUUGCAUUUUUCACCCCCAUCCAAGUGGUGGUCACAUUUGUGUCAUGUCAUAUAACUGUACAUUAAAAAUAAAUUGGAAGAAUCUUUAA